AUGGCCGAGGCUGCCGCUGUCGCAUCCAUCGUUGGCAUAGCGAGCUUCGGCAUUCAGCUAACAAAGACGUUGUAUGAGUUUGCCUCCACUGUAUCGGGCGCAAGGGACGAGGCCAACUACAUCGCUCGUCAUGUCGACCUCGACGCCAACGUCUUGGAUAUCCUGACGGGGCGCUGGCGCAAUCAUCACCAUCCUCCGGUCCACCCGGUCGCAGGCAUUGCAGGUGGAGAUGCAGUUGAAGUUGUAAGGCACGCUUCUGCACGGUCGCCACUGCAACAAUGA